UUAAAGAAAUUAAAAAAAAAAUAAAUAAAUCUAGUGUUUAGUGUUUUGUGUGAUUGCUUAGUUGUAACGGUAUUUUAAUGUAGUUUUCAGUGCACCGUUAUUUAAACUUUAACUCCCUGACUUCUUAACCGCACGCUGAUCCUGCAGAUUUUUAUGUUCAACUCUUCAGCCGCAACAAUGAUGUCACGUCGUAAACAGUUGAAUCCAAAGCCGUUAAAUAAAGGUGAUUGUUCAGAUUCUACAGAAGACAUGACAGUAGAUAGCCGAGAUUCCAAAGAUUUUAAUCCUAACAAUACUACAAGCAUAAUGGACGAUCAUACCGAUGAAGAGAGAAGAACUCCCCAAAACAAUCAUUAUUCCCAUACCCAUGCCGCACAACAGCAAACUAAAGAGACUGAUAUAGUAAUGACCGAAGAGCAUAAUGAAAUGGAGCAUAACGAAGAAGAUGCCGACUCACAACCACCCCAACACAAGAGACCAAAAAUGGAAGUGGAGCUAGAAUAUAGAAGAAAUAGUCCUCCCGUGCAAUCGCCUGUGACAAGAACUACUGAAAACUCAAAUGACUCUCUGAAAUGUGAUGAUUUUCAAAAUCAAAUAGAUGAAUCUAAUUCAAAAGAUCGUAGAUCUACAAGUCCUUCUUUAAAGGCCGUAACACCCGCUAUUAGUCCUUGCAAUGUAGAAGUCUCGCAUGAAAAUCUAUGCUCUCCCACUUCGGGAUCUAUGCCUAAAUUAAGGCUUAAUGCUUUAUUGGCUUCCGAUCCUGCUCUAAUGCCAGAUGCCAAAGAUUUAAAGGUCGCACAUGAAGAAUCCCAGACUCAGCAAAGAAUAGCACGUUUAGAACAGCAUCUGCAGCAGCAAUUACAAACGGAAGAGUCUGAGAGUAACGAAACUGAACCAGCUGUUGCUGCUUUAGUGGAACCAGUUAAAAAAUCUUUGCCCGUCCCCGUGGAAGCACCACAACGCAUGAAAGUUUUCAUGUGCAUACCCUGCGGUAUAGGUUUUAGUUCGCCUUCCACUUUAGAAGCCCAUCAGGCGUACUAUUGUUCUCAUCGACAUAAGGAAACGGAAGAGGACAGUUCGUUGUCCGCAGCCAUAGCUGAAAAAACUUCAGCAUCUCCUACACAAGCCAAUAAUCCUACAGCAAACAUUUCACUGGCUCCCACAGAACCAGCAGCAAAAGUUCCCAAGACUGGCAAACAAUAUGCCUGUACACAGUGUUCCUAUAGUGCCGAUAAGAAGGUAUCGCUUAAUCGUCAUAUGCGCAUGCAUCAGACAUCACCAGCGCCCAGCUCCAAUGCUUCCAAUAACGGCAGUGCCAUAAUGGAAGAUAAUUCUAGUCAACAAGUGGAUCGUUAUUGCAGCGAUUGUGACAUACGUUUUAAUAACGUCAAAACCUACAGAGCUCAUAAACAACAUUAUUGUAGUUCCAGGAGAACAGAAGGACAAUUAACACCCAAAUUGGAAGUUUCUACCACCUCGACUACACCAAAAGUUCCAGCCGUUGUCGGUGGUGCCAUAAGUCCACAGACUCGAACUAAAACUCCCACUCCUGCUAUGGUAGCAGCGGCAGCCGCCGCAGCAGCAGCUGCCUUACAACAACCUCCUGCUACACCAUUCCUGGCUUUACCCACAAAUCCCAUUUUAAUCAUACCAUAUUCAUUGAUACGUUCGGCUAGUCUUAUAGCAGGACCUUUAUCAUCACCCUCGCCGGCUGUGGUAAAUCCAGAUACAACUUGUUUUACAUUGGAUAAUGGCAAUUUGAAACCUUUGGCCACAGCUUUAAAUAUAAAUGCCCUCAAUGCUGCCUCAACUGCUGCAAAUAGUAUAGCAGCCGCUACAACGGGUCAACAAAUAAAUGUUGUAGAUUCUACGCGUCAAACUAAUGCCACGGAAACUUUACUAACCGAAAAGAAUAUCAAACGCAAUGUGGAUGAAGCCGCAGAAAAUAGUAACAAGAGAAAAGCAGACGGUUUUAGAGAAUCUGCUCCUUUGGAUUUAUCUCUUAGACGUUCUCCCAUAGCAGCUUUAUUGCAGAGACAACGUUUCAAUUCAGCUUCCUCAUUUUUAGACAAUGAACAGCAACGUUUAGAUAUGGAGACUCUAUUAGAAGCAGGCAAAGAAAAUUUGGCCUUGGAUGAAACGGGCAGCAUAACACCCGAACAAAUUGUUUGUGCUCCCUCAUUACCGAAUAGUCCUUCCAUGAGUCCCUCGCCCCGAAGGCGUGCAAUAAGUCCUAGAAGUUCUGGAGCGGGUAGUACCUCUUCAAUGUCCCCGCCAGCCUCUAUACCACCAAAUGCUUUAAGUGCGGCCUCUAAUCCCACAAAUAUCCUAGAUAACUUACAAUUACGCUCAAUGUUGCCAGCGGAACUCUUGAAUCCUUUGCUGGCAAAACAAAACAUGGAAUUGGCUUUGAAACUAUCGGCCGCUGCAGCAGCUGCAGUCAGCUCUUCCACGGGUGGAGUACCCAAUGCUGGUUCUACACCAGCCGAUUUAGCUGCUGCAGUGGCGGCUGCCACUGGCAGAGGAUCUCUUUUGGGUUUGCCCGGUUUACCACAAGCUCCGGCUGCCUCAGUACAAGUACCAACGGCCCCGGCAAAUCAACCACAAAUCUAUGUUAAACAAGGAGUUUCGAAAUGUAAAGAAUGCAAUAUUGUUUUCUGCAAAUAUGAAAACUAUUUGGCCCAUAAACAACAUUACUGUUCCGCUCGGAAUCAAGAACCCACUGAAGGUGAUGCUAAAGUUUCGCCUACACCACCCAUGACUACGGGAGCUUCCCCAGCUGAAACAACACCAAUGGCUUAUCAACAACUAAUUUGUGCAGCGUGUGGCAUUAAAUAUACCUCCUUGGAUAAUUUAAGGGCCCAUCAAAACUAUUAUUGUCCCAAAGGUGGUGGUGUGGCAGCCGCUGCUGCUGCGGCUGUUGCCGCCAACUCCGAAACCACUCAUGCAGUUUUGAAGAAGGAAAAAUGUGCCAAGUGCAAAACUAUGCAUGAGUUGACAUUACCUUGUCCACCACCACCGGCCAUACAACAACCUACACCCACUCAAACCUUAGCGAAAGCCAGCCAACAACAGCAACAAUCUUUAGCAACCAGCACAUCUUCUUCCUCUGGUUCCAGUAAUAAUCAAAAUCUUUAUAAAUGCCCUCUAUGUGAUGCUGUCAGCUUAACAGCCAGUGAAAGUCGCAAACAUAUGGAAACCCAUGGCACUGUUAAGGCCUUUAGAUGCACCAUUUGUCGCUAUAAAGGCAAUACUUUAAGGGGUAUGCGCACUCAUAUACGCAUGCAUUUCGAUAAGAAAACUUCCGAUGUAAAUGAGGAACAUUACAUGGCCUGUAUAUUGGAGGAUGAAAACAUAGAAAUACCAAGUGCUGCCUCGUUAAAUCAAGAACAUUUGGUUCAACAGUUGGCUGCUGCCCAACAACAGCAGCAACAACAAAAGCAGUUAGUAGCUGCAGCAGCUGUUGUAGCUGCUGGCCUUCAGCAACAACAUCAGCAGCAACAACAAUCACAGCAGCAGGUGUUCAAUUGUGAUAUUUGUAAUUAUUCUUCAACUUAUAAAGGCAAUGUGCUACGUCAUAUGAAAUUGGUGCAUCCUCAUAUCGUACCCAAUUCCCCUUCUAUCUCUCCGGAAGUAGGAGAUUUAGACACAACCGAGACGGCCUCGUUAAGCAGCAGCCAUAAUGGCGACAAUAACAUGAAUAAUUUCACUAUCAAGUCUGAACCCAUGGAUCAUCAUACCAGCAACACAAGUCCUGCGAUCCUAUUAAAUCCCCAUGACAAUAACAAUUCACCCAUACCGAAUAUCCCCCAUAAUAUCCCCAAUGAGUUAAUACAUCAUAUAAAGUCCGAACCCAUGGAAAUUUCAAUUGAACCCUCAGCAAUACAUAUACCACCACCGCCAACUCUAAGAUCACCAGCCAUCGGACCGCCACCUUUGCUAAAUGCCACACCCGAAGAGAAUAUAAAUCAGAAAUAUUGUCAAACCUGUGACAUUUCAUUUAACUACAUGAAAACCUUUUUGGCUCACAAACAAUUCUACUGUAAAAAUAAAUUACAUAGACCUGAUGCUAAUGACAGUCCAAGUCCUAAUGCCGGCAAUAUAAUAAGAAGCGUACCAUCGCCCAACACUUUAAUGAUGCAAAAAAAUAAAGAAAAUUUACAAGAAGCUGCCAUUUGAUAGAAUCAAUUUCAGGCCGCUUCUAAAUCAUGGGAAUGGUAUUAUAAGUGUUUUUAAUGAUAAAUAAGAAAAAAAAGAAAAAAGCAUAUCAGCACUU